AUUGUAAACUUGAAGUAUAAGACUUAAGUGAAGAACAAUGAAAUCCUUUUUAUUUCUGACACUAUUGGCAGUGGCUCUGUUCGCUCAGGUAAUCAGUGUCAAUGGCGAUGUAGAAUUCUCGACUUUAAUAGAUGCGUUGAACCAAAAAGCAUCAGGAUAUAAAGUUAAGAUGCCAAAACUGAAUUUCCUCGUCAAAGUAACCAACGACAUCAAUAAAGCUAUGACCACACUCAACAAACCAAUGCCCAUAUUCAUCACCGCUGCCAAAAAACAAGAGGUUUCAAGAAGAAUCCCCAACAGUUUUAAGACAAAAACUGUCACAUACCAAACACUUCUCGAACAAAUUGAUGCUGAAAAUACAAAGAUUGGACAACAUGUUUUGACAAUUUCCGCACAAAUUCAACAUAAGCUGCCCGCUGCUGAAUAUGAUGAAUGGUUCCAACGAUGGCAAAAAAAUGUUGAAAAAGCGCAUAUCGAAAAUAUUGCAAAAAUCGUGCCGAGUAUGCUUCCACCAUUCGCAAAUUAUGAUUAUGAAUUCAAUUUUUAUGUAAAUUCAACAGUUAUCUUGAGAAAAAAAAUUGAUAAAGUUAUUACUGCCGCUGGAGAAUUAUAUGACAAACUUCUUAUUUCUACCAAAGCCAAAGAGCAAAAGGAACUUGUAAAGAAAGUCAUUGAAAAAAUGGAGGAAUAUAGAAAAUACCAAACAGGAUUCGAAACGAGACUUGAUCAACUUCAAAGAACACUAAGUUUUUAUAAUGAUUCUCGAACUAUGUGGUCAAAAUUUAUUCUUAGCAGCAGUGUCGUCGAAGCUGCAAAAUAUGAAAAAACCAUUCAAUUCGGAAAAUUUCCACCACUCAAAAUUCCAAAAGGUGAAAAAUAAUUCUACUUUCUUCAAUA